AACCCCUUCGUUAUAAUUACAUCGCUCACUAGGGUUUUCUGUGUAUAACGAAAGGAGAAGUUUAGCCGCAGCAGCAGAGACUGAUCCUCUCUCGCACAUCUCAGUCAAAUCAAGAUGUUUACUGCAAGGAGAAAGAUUUCGAAGGACAAAGGUGCCGAACCAACUGAAUUCGAGGAGUCAGUUGCUCAGUGGCUCUUUAAUUUGGAGAACACUAACAAUGAGCUCAAAAGUGAUUUGAAAGAUCUAUACAUUAAUUCAGCUGUUCAAGUUGAUGUGUCUGGCAACCGAAAGGCAGUCGUCAUCCAUGUUCCCUACAGACUACGAAAAGGUUUCAAGAAAAUUCAUGUGAGGCUUGUGAGAGAGCUCGAAAAGAAGUUCAGUGGAAAGAAUGUGAUUCUUAUUGCUACCAGGAGAAUAGUGAGGCCCCCCAAGAAGGGUGCCGCAGUUCAAAGACCUCGCAGCAGAACUCUUACCGCUGUACAUGAUGCCAUGCUGGAGGAUGUUGUUUAUCCCGCUGAGAUUGUUGGAAAGCGCAUCAAGUACCGUCUUGAUGGAUCAAAAAUUAUCAAGAUCUUCUUGGACCCCAAGGAGAGGAACAACACCGAGUACAAAUUGGAGACUUUCAGCGGAGUUUACAGGAAGCUCUCUGGGAAAGACGUUGUGUUCGAGUACCCAAUAACAGAUGCUUAAAUAUGUCUCUCCAAAGUACUCUAUUUAUAUUUCGUUUUGCAUCAGGGGUGUUGUCAGUAGCAGAAGACUUUGUGACUCACCUAUUUUGUUAUGAUUCUGAGAAAUCUUGAGUUCUUUGUUUCCAUACAUGUAGUUUUUGUUUUCUAAAUGUUGACACCCAAGAAUUUGUUGCAGCCUCUGUGCUGUUUUAUUUUAGAAUAGAAUCAAGAAAUUGGAUCCUCUCUUUGAUGUUA